GCUUAAGUUUCUUACCGCUAGAAGAGCUUGCUUGCGAUAUUUGAAUUGUUUGUUGAGACAAGCUUCCACCUACCGGGUCGCUCGGUUCAUGUUCAAAGGACCGAUAGAAACAUGCACAACAAUCGCGAGUUCUGUCAGCACGCAGUCGGGAGCUGCAAACGUGGUCAGCAUCUCGCUCGCUGUCGAAGGUAUACACAAUGCUGGGCAUCAGCAAGCCACAAAUUCUUCGCCAUCCUCCAGAGAAACCCUUGUUGAACAAUGCAAUCUCAACCCGAGACAGGCAUCUUGCCUCGUUCAACUUACCCAAAAGAAUAGUGGCAACAAGAAACGUACCACCGUCCCACCGAUUUUCUCACCGCCCAUCUCAUCCCAUCAACACACACGCGCCUUCCACGCCCAUCGAAAGAUUUCUUAAUUCGUUGUAGCUAUUUUGAAGGCUAAAGGCACGCUACUGCAGCCCAUGAUCCUCCUUUAUACCUAUUGAAGGUCGGCAUGGACGUUGACAGCUGCAGUAGCGCCGGCAAUGCCUGCCAGAUGGCUCUUGGGGGUCUGGUUGGUGUGGUC